AUCCCUUUCUCAGAAAGCUCAUAAAACCGACUGAGAGGAAGGUCACACGCGUGCUUUUGAAAGCUGAAGCUGCUUUGCUAAAAUAAAAACAAAACCAGCAGAUAUUAGUGUAGCUGCUUUAUGGAGUUAGUUUUAAAGGUAUAGCGACGCUAACAAUGCAGCAGUUUUACUGACCGACAGUUUUCUGUAUCUUUAUCUGUUAUAGCAUCUCCACCUCAUUAAGUUCAGCUAUGUUUAGAGGCAUUGCUAGACUGCAGAGCCACUUUGGAGGUUUUAUUUCUCAUUCAAAAGUUUGUUCAAGACAUCAACAAUACAGGGGUGCCCUGAAAUACUCCACUGCCUCAACAGAGAGGAAGAGAUUUUAUCAGGAUGUCAGUAUAUCCCAGGGUGAAGGUGGUCUAUUUGAGGUAAACCUUGACAAGAGGAAGUUAAAAACUCCCAAUGGGCAGUUGUUCACCGUACCAAAUGAAGCGCUGGCCAUCGCCGUGGCUACAGAGUGGGAUGCUCAAAAAGACACAAUCAAGUUCUACACCAUGCACCUGACUACUUUGUGCAACACUGCUCUGGACAAUCCCACUCAGCGCAACAAAGACCAGAUGAUCAGCGCUGCUCUUAAGUUUCUGGAAACAGACACCAUUUGCUACAGAGUAGAUGAACCUCCAGGUUUGGUUGAGCUGCAGAAGAAUGAAUGGGACCCUGUGCUUCACUGGAUUGAAGACAGAUACAAUGUCACUAUUGGAUCUUCGUCCAGUAUUUUGGGUCCUGAGAUCCCAGAGGAAACUAACGACACGUUCAGACAGCACCUGAGUUCAUACACCCUCUGGUCCCUGACUGGGCUGGAGUUUGUGAUCUCACAGCUGAAGUCUUUGGUACUUUCCCUGGCGCUGAUUGACAGACAUCUGAGCGUAGAUCAAGCAGUGCUGCUGUCCAGGCUGGAGGAGGAAUACCAGAUUCAGCACUGGGGUAAUGUAGAGUGGGCACAUGACUACGACAUGUAUGAGCUGAGGGCACGGGCAGCUGCGGGAGCUCUUUUUGUCCACCUCUCAUCUGAGAGCUCAACCGUGAAACGCAAACUAAUGCAGGACUGAUCAGGAUUACCUGGUACCCAUUGAGCAACAACGGCAGCAAAUCUACCCUAAAACAUUGAGCUUCAGAGGCGGAACUCACUGAGCAACCCAUUACUACAUUGUUCUAGUCAGCUGUGACACAUACCAGAAGACUGAGUCACCUGUAUUUAGUAAACCGCAUCCAUGUUUUCUUGAUGUCAGUAUGACUCCCUUUCCACUGGGACAUUUUGGAAACAGGUUCCAUGGUCCUCAGCCCUUUUAGAAUAGAGCCAUCACCUCAGCACAUACUGAGUUUAAUGAGUACCAUCAUUGUUUGGCCAUGAUUAUUUCAUUUCAGGACGUGGUUUCAAUAAGCUGCCUGUUCUUGAUGGUUCAUGUAGUAAAAUAUAAAAAUUUGAAAACCUCCAAAUAGGAAAGUUGAAGUUUCACAGCCUCAAUAUCAAAUGUAUUGUCUAAAUACUAGCUCUAGUUGUCAACUCUGUUUAUUGUGCAUGUGUAUUUGUUUGUGUAUCAGUAAAUCUGAGAGGUUUUACUGCACAGUGUCUGUUUUCCUGUCAUGUUACAGGGGCACAGCAGCUGGCACAUCCCACUGAGUCUAGUACUGUUUGGUUUAAAUAAAAUAGGAGAAUUUGCUAAUUCAGUGAGAAAUCAAACUAUUGUUGGUAUUGCAAGGGGUUUUCAUCAUGUGUAAGCCAGAAAUCAUCAAAAUAACAAUAAAGGCUUUGAAUAUUUCA